CGCAUGGCAGAGGACAUGAAGAAGAUCGUGGAGGAGCGUGACCAGGUGACUAUCAGAGUCUUCGGGAGGAGAUUGACAUGAUUAAGGCGACACAGUCCCACAUGGCAGAGAAGAUGAAGGAGACCCUUGCAUUGAUGAAGAAGAUGGAGAAGGACAUCGCACAGCUGAGGGAGGAUAUAGCCAAGUGGAAAGAAGAAACCAGUCAGCAGAUCACUCAGCAAAUGGAGUCAGUUCUGCAAGAGACACGGAAUGAGCUGAAGAAGAUGGAGGAGCAGCAGGAGAUGAGGAAUGCCAUGCUGGAACAGAUGGUGAACGAGACAACCAACCAGAUGCAGGAGAAGAUGGGCGAGCUGGAGGAGAUAGUGGGGAUGGUGCAGGAGGAGCAGGAGAUGGCAAAGGCAGCGUGCACCAACUGCAGCUUCGACUACAAAGUGCUUAUAGGGCAGCUCGUCCAGCGCUGCGAGAAACUCGAGGAGGAGGUGGACUCCCUGGAGUCACGGCAGAGAACAGUGGGCAAGUUGGACCGCUUCAUAAAGCAAAGAAGCCAGGACCAGCAGCUGCUGCAGCACAUGGAGAACAGGGUCAAGAAGAUUCAGGGGGACUGUGAGGAGCUCAGCUUGGUCUCAGUGAGCCUCCAGAAGGACUGUGAGCAAAAGCAGAAAGAUAUUGAGAUGCUGUUCCAGUCCUUGGAGACACUGAAGAAGGGCAAAGCAGAUGAGCAGAACAUGUUCAUGGCAGAGGACAUGAAAACUGCCUUGGGCAGCAAAGUCAGUUCCACCCAGUUUGAGGCAAGCAUGGAGCGACUGGAUCAAAAGAUGCAGGAGAUGCAAGCCCAGAUGUCGGGACACAAUCAGCACUGCAAUCAGAUUCAGCAGAAGCUCAGUGACAUGAUAGGAAACAAGCUGGAUCGCCAGGAGCUGAAGGAUUUCCAUAAGCAGAUGGAGGAGACCUGGCAGAAGGGCAUCAAGGAGCUUGAGAAGAAGACAGCAGAGAGUGACAGCGCUGCUGGGUUGAGGAAGCAGCUGCCAGUCCCUUUCACGUGCCUGUCCUGUGACCGCACGGUCAAAAUGCAGGUUCCUGGCCCGAAACCUGAGACACUCCCAUCUUUGCCGCCACUGCUCCCCAGCAAGGACACAGAGCAGAGCCAAAG